UUCCUUUCUCCGGUCCAGCCUCGGUGCCGCCGCCGCCGCCGCCGCCUGCCCCGGUCCGCGGGGGCCUUGCCGGCCGCCCUCCCCGCAGCAUGGCACCCUCGGGGCGCGAUUAGCCGGGAGCAGCUUUGGGGGAAGCGGGAUCUCCAGGGGUGGGGGGGUGCCCCGCAGCCUCGGUCAUGGAUGUGAGCAAGAUGACUGUCAGCAUCAAUAAGGCCAUUAAUACGCAGGAAGUGGCUGUAAAGGAAAAACACGCCAGAACGUGCAUACUGGGCACCCACCAUGAGAAAGGGGCACAGACCUUCUGGUCUGUUGUCAACCGCCUGCCUCUGUCUAGCAACGCAGUGCUGUGCUGGAAGUUCUGCCAUGUGUUCCAUAAACUCCUCCGAGACGGACACCCGAACGUCCUGAAGGACUCUGUGAGAUACAGAAAUGAAUUGAGUGACAUGAGCAGGAUGUGGGGCCACCUGAGCGAGGGGUAUGGCCAGCUGUGCAGCAUCUACCUGAAACUGCUGAGAACCAAGAUGGAGUACCACACCAAAAAUCCCAGGUUCCCAGGCAACCUGCAGAUGAGUGACCGCCAGCUAGAUGAGGCUGGAGAAAGUGACGUGAACAACUUUUUCCAGUUAACAGUGGAGAUGUUUGACUACCUGGAGUGUGAACUCAACCUCUUCCAAACGGUGUUCAACUCCCUGGACAUGUCCCGCUCUGUGUCUGUGACGGCAGCAGGGCAGUGCCGCCUCGCCCCACUAAUCCAGGUCAUCUUGGACUGCAGCCACCUUUAUGACUACACUGUCAAGCUUCUCUUCAAACUGCACUCCUGCCUCCCAGCCGACACCCUGCAAGGCCACCGGGACCGCUUCAUGGAGCAGUUUACAAAGUUGAAAGAGCUGUUCUACCGCUCCAGCAACCUGCAGUACUUCAAGCGGCUCAUUCAGAUUCCCCAGCUGCCUGAGAACCCACCCAACUUCCUGCGAGCCUCGGCCCUGUCAGAACACAUCAGCCCCGUGGUGGUGAUCCCUGCAGAGACCUCAUCCCCCGACAGUGAGCCAGUCCUAGAGAAGGAUGACCUCAUGGACAUGGAUGCCUCUCAGCAGAGUUUAUUUGACAACAAGUUUGAUGACAUCUUUGGCAGUUCAUUCAGCAGUGAUCCCUUCAAUUUCAACAGUCAAAACGGCGUGAACAAGGAUGAGAAGGACCACUUAAUUGAGCGACUAUACAGAGAGAUAAGUGGACUGAAGGCACAGCUAGAAAACAUGAAGACGGAGAGCCAGCGGGUUGUGCUGCAGUUGAAGGGCCGCGUCAGUGAGCUGGAAGCAGAGCUGGCUGAGCAGCAGCACCUGCGGCAGCAGGCGGCCGACGACUGUGAGUUCCUGCGGGCAGAACUGGACGAGCUCAGGAGGCAGCGGGAAGACACCGAGAAGGCUCAACGGAGCCUGUCUGAGAUAGAAAGGAAAGCCCAAGCUAAUGAGCAACGAUAUAGCAAGCUAAAGGAGAAGUACAGUGAGCUGGUUCAGAACCACGCUGACCUGCUGCGGAAGAAUGCAGAGGUGACCAAACAGGUGUCCGUGGCCAGACAAGCCCAGGUAGAUUUGGAACGAGAGAAAAAACAGCUGGAGGAUUCAUUGGAGCGCAUCAGUGACCAGGGCCAGCGGAAGACUCAAGAACAGCUGGAAGUUCUAGAGAGCUUGAAGCAAGAACUCGCCACAAGCCAACGGGAGCUUCAGGUUCUCCAAGGCAGCCUGGAAACUUCUGCCCAGUCAGAAGCAAACUGGGCAGCCCAGAUCGCUGAGCUAGAGAAGGAGCGGGACAGCCUGGUGAGUGGCGCAGCUCAUAGAGACGAGGAAUUAUCCGCUCUUCGGAAAGAACUGCAGGACACUCAGCUCAAACUGGCCAGCACAGAGGAAUCUAUGUGCCAGCUUGCCAAAGACCAACGAAAAAUGCUUCUGGUGGGCUCCAGGAAGGCUGCGGAGCAGGUGAUACAAGAUGCCCUGAAUCAGCUUGAAGAACCUCCUCUUAUCAGCUGCGCUGGGUCUGCAGAUCACCUCCUCUCCACGGUCACGUCCAUUUCCAGCUGCAUUGAACAACUGGAGAAAAGCUGGAGCCAGUAUCUGGCCUGCCCGGAAGACAUCAGUGGACUUCUCCAUUCCAUAACCCUGCUGGCCCACUUGACCAGCGACGCCAUUUCUCAUGGUGCCAGCACCAGCCUCAGAGCCCCACCUGAGCCUGCCGACUCACUGACUGAGGCCUGUAAGCAGUACGGCAGGGAAACCCUCGCCUACCUGGCCUCCCUGGAGGAAGAGGGAACCCUUGAGAACGCUGACAGCACAGCCAUGAGGAACUGCCUGAGCAAGAUCAAGGCCAUCGGCGAGGAGCUCCUGCCCAGGGGCCUGGACAUCAAGCAGGAAGAGCUGGGGGACCUGGUGGACAAGGAGAUGGCGGCCACUUCAGCUGCUAUUGAAACCGCCACGGCCAGAAUAGAGGAGAUGCUCAGCAAAUCCCGAGCAGGAGACACAGGAGUCAAAUUGGAGGUGAAUGAAAGGAUCCUUGGUUGCUGUACCAGCCUCAUGCAAGCUAUUCAGGUGCUGAUUGUAGCCUCUAAGGACCUCCAGAGAGAGAUUGUGGAGAGCGGCAGGGGUACGGCAUCCCCUAAAGAGUUUUAUGCCAAGAACUCUCGAUGGACAGAAGGACUCAUCUCAGCCUCCAAGGCUGUGGGCUGGGGAGCCACUGUCAUGGUGGAUGCAGCUGAUCUGGUGGUACAAGGCAGAGGGAAAUUUGAGGAGCUAAUGGUGUGUUCGCAUGAAAUUGCUGCUAGCACAGCCCAGCUUGUGGCUGCAUCCAAGGUGAAAGCUGAUAAGGACAGUCCCAACCUAGCCCAGCUGCAGCAGGCCUCUCGGGGAGUGAACCAGGCCACUGCCGGCGUCGUGGCCUCAACCAUUUCCGGCAAAUCACAGAUUGAAGAGACAGACAACAUGGACUUCUCAAGCAUGACGCUGACACAGAUCAAACGCCAAGAGAUGGAUUCCCAGGUUAGGGUGCUAGAGCUAGAAAAUGAAUUGCAGAAGGAGCGUCAAAAACUGGGAGAGCUUCGGAAAAAGCACUACGAGCUUGCUGGUGUUGCUGAGGGCUGGGAAGAAGGAACAGAGGCAUCUCCACCUACACUGCAAGAAGCGGUAACCGAAAAAGAAUAGAGCCAAACCGAUACCCCAUAUGUCAGUGUAAAUCCUUGUUACCUAUCUCGUGUGUGUCAUUUUCCCAGCCACAGGCCAAAUCCUUGGAGUCCCAGGGGCAGCCACACCACUGCCAUUACCCAAUGCUGAGGACCUGCAUGACACUUCCAAAGACUCCCUCCAUAGCGACACCCUUUCUGUUUGGACUCAUGGUCAUCUCUGUUCUUUCCCUGCCUCCCUAGUUAGCAUCCAGGCUGGCCAGUGCUGCCCAUGAGCAAGCCUAGGUGCAAAGAGGGGUGGUGGGGGACAGGGCCACUCAACAGAGAGGACUUCCAUCCAGUCCUGCUGACUAUUUGACCCCCACAACAAUGGGUAUCCUUAAUAGAGGGGCUGCUUGUUGUUCGUUGACAGCUUGGAGAGGGAAGAUCUUAUGCCUUUUCUUUUCUGUUUUCUUCUCAGUCUUUUCAGUUUCAUCAUUUGCACAAACUUGUGAGCAUCAGAGGGCUGAUGGAUUCCAAACCAGGACACUACCCUGAAAUCUGCACAGUCAGAAGGACAGCAGGAGUGUCCUGGCUGUGAAUGCCAAGGCCAUUCUCCCCCUCUUUGGGCAGUGCCAUGGAUUUCCACUGCUUCUUAUGGUGGUUGGUUGGGUUUUUUUGGUUGUAUUUUUUUUUUUUUUUUUAAGUUUCACUCACAUAGCCAACUCUCCCAAAGGGCACAUCCCUGGAGCUGAGUCUCCAGGGCCCCCCACUGUGGCAGCUCCGGUGAUGGUGCUGUCCAGGCCUCUCGGUGCUCCACUUCCGCCUCCACGCUGAGCAAGUGCUGGCCCACCCAGUCCAUGCUCCAGGGUCAGGCGGAGCUGCUGAGUGACAGCUUUCCUCAAAAGGCAGAAGGAGAGUGAGUGCCUUUCCCUCCUAAAGCUGAACCCCAGCGGAAAGCCUCUGUCCACCUUCACAAGGGAGAAGACAACAGAAAGAGGGACAAGAGGGUUCACACAGCCCAGGUCUUCACAGGACACGUUUCUCAGGCGUUCCUGUGACCAGGCUCAAAAACUUUUAUCACAUGCUUGAACGGAGCUGGUGAGAUCAACACUACUUCCCCGCCGGAAUGAACUGUCCAUGAAUGGUCUGUGUCAAGUGGGCCAUCUCCCUUGGCCCAGAGAGGGAGCAUGGGAGCGAUUCCCAACUCCUUUCUGCAGACGUCUGCCUUGGCAUCCUCUUGCAUAGGAAGAUCGUUCCACCUUCUACGCAAUUGACAAACCCGGAAGAUCAGACGCAAUUGCUCCCAUCAGGAAAGAACCCUAUACUUGGUUUGCUACCCUUAGUAUUUAUUACUAACCUCCCUUAAGCAGCAACAGCCUACAAAGAGAUGCUUUGAGCAAUCAGGACUUCAGGUGUGACUAUAGCAAGGCUUAUCUUUCUGCCCGGCUACAUCAGCCUUCAAGAAUCAGAAGCAAGGCCAAGGUGCUGGACUGUUACUGACUUGGAUCCCAAAGCAAGGAGAUCAUUCGGAGCUCUUGAGUCAGAGAAAAUGAGAAAGAACAGAGCCAGCGGCUCUAACUCCUUUCAGCCAUACGCCCCAGGCUCUCGCUGCCCUGUGGACAGGAUGAGGACAGAGGGCACAUGAACAGUUUGCCAGGGAUGGGCAGCCCAACAGCACUUUUCCUGUUCUAGAUGGACCCCAGCAUUUAAGUGACCUUCUGAUCUUGGAAAAACAGCGUCUUCCUUCUUUAUCUAUAGCAACUCAUUGGUGGUAGCCAUCAUGCACUUCCCAGGAUCUGCCCCAACAGAACAUUGCUAGGUUUUGCUACAUGACGGGUUGUGAGACUUCUGUUUGAUCACUGUGAACCAACCCCCAUCUCCCUAGCCCACCCCCCUCCCCAACUCAUUCUCUGUGCAUUUUCUAAGUGGGACAUUCAAAAAACUCUCUCCCGGCCGGGCGCGGUGGCUCAAGCCUGUAAUCCUAGCACUUUGGGAGGCCGAGGUGGGCGGAUCACGAGGUCAGGAGAUCGAGACCAUCCUGGCUAACCCAGUGAAACCCCGCCUCUACUAAA